GGGGUCCAGCACCCGCCACUCCGCCUGAGGGCCCGAGACCUGUCGCUCCAUCUGGGGGGUCCGGCGCCUGUCGCCCCUCCUGGGGGCCCGACGCCUGUUGCCCCUCUGCCUGGGGGGCCCGAUGCCGGUCGCCCCGCCUGGGGACUCGAUGCCUGUCGCCCCGCCCGGGGGCCCGAUGCCUGUCGCCCCGCCCGGGGGCCCGAUGCCUGUCGCCCCCGCCCGGGGGCCCGCUGCCUGCUGCUCCGCCCGGGGGCCCGCUGCCUGCUGCUCCGCCCGGGGGCCCGCUGCCUGCUGCUCCGCCCCGGGGGCCCGCUGCCUGCUGCUCCGCCUGGUGGCCCGCUGCCUGCUGCUUCGCCUGUCGGCCCGAUGUGCCUCUGCUCGGAGUCCGGCCCGAUGUGCCUCUGCCCGGGGUCCUGCCCGAUGUGCCUCUGCCCGGAGUCCGGCCCGAUGUGCCUCUGCCCGGGAGUCCAGCCCGAUGUGCCUCUGCCCGGAGUCCCCUGCCCGAUG